ACAGGAAAACUGCCAUUUUUGGGGUCCUCUCUCUCUCUUUCUCUCACAAUAAUACUUCCCGGACAUAAUUACAGAAACCUCAAAAUGCCCAAAACCCCAAAACCCCAUUGUCUCCACAAUGUUUUUUGACUAAACCCCUCAUAAAAUCUACCCUCUGUCUACCUCCAUGGAAGCGCUCUCGAGCUCUGUGUUUGUCUCCAAGUUCUCGGAAAGGUACCCUGUUCUUCAAACACCGGUCUCUCCCGUGAAACCAUCCGAUAAACGAAGUUGGGGUCUCAAAAUCAGUGAUAAUCAUUUUUACUAUUCGAAGCUUCGAGUUCUUGCUCUCACGCGGGAGGUUUCAGGCGAAGGUGAAGAGGAGAAGAAGGGGUUUGAUAAUGGGUUUGCGUCGGUUUCUGAAGAAACCAUGUCUUUGUCUCUGGAUAACUCAGAUGACAAUAACAAAUGUGAAGAGGAUGCAAAAGAAGCAUUAAAGAUGGAGGUGCCUCUUACAGUCACAUAUGGAAGUGCAGCAGGGGGAGGGACGAGGGCAGGGCUCUUUAGAACCCCAAUAUCUGGUGGAGUGCAGAGUGCUACCUCUGCUCAUGGUUUACCUCGACCUGCCUUAGCAGUGCGCAAUCUGAUGGAGCAGGCCAGGUUUGCUCAUCUAUGCACUGUCAUGUCCCGGAUGCACCACCGUCGAGAAGGAUACCCAUUUGGUUCACUGGUAGAUUUUGCACCAGAUUCUAUGGGACAUCCAAUAUUUUCAUUCUCACCAUUGGCUAUCCAUACACGGAAUUUGUUAGCUGAUCCAAGAUGCACCCUUGUUGUGCAGAUUCCUGGAUGGAGUGGACUAUCAAAUGCGAGGGUAACAAUUUUUGGCGAUGUCUUGCCACUACCAGAAGAUCAACAGGAAUGGGCUCAUAAGCAGUAUAUAGCUAAGCAUCAUCAAGGGCCUUCCCAACAGUGGGGGAACUUCUACUACUUCAGAAUGCAGACUAUAAGUGACAUAUAUUUCAUUGGUGGUUUUGGCACUGUUGCUUGGGUUGAUGUAAAGGAGUAUGAAGCCCUUAAACCUGAUAAAAUUGCAGUUGAUGGUGGCGAGCAAAAUCUAAAGGAACUGAAUGCAAUGUUCUCGAAGCCUCUAAAAGAGGUUUUGUCGAGUGAAAGUGAGAUAGAUGAUGCUGCUCUUAUAUCAAUCGACAGCAAGGGAAUUGACAUCCGAGUCCGUCAGGGUGCUCAGUUUAAUGUACAGAGGCUAUCAUUCGAGGAAGGGCAUGCUAUUGAAACACUAGAGGAAGCCAAACAAGCUCUUUGGAAACUAAUAAAUAGCGGUGGCGUUUGCAGUUGGCAUAAAUAAAGUUGCUUUAUAUCAAACUCAUCCCGUGUUAUUUGCCCUUUUAUAUGUAUACAACAACCCCAGCAACAAGGGAGAUGAAGCAUAAAUCGAAUUGUUUACUGCACUGGAAAAGUCAUACCUUUUUUUGAACUUGUAACAUGGAAAAACUUCGAGCAUUUUAAUAUUUUCUUCUCCCCCGCCCACCGCCCCACCCCCCCCCCCCCCCUUUCUUUUAUUUCUGAGUAUCUCAGAAUUGACACAAUAAAUGUUGAGUCUGUAAAGUUUGGAAAUUGGGCGAGCUUGGGUGAAUCCUGGAGCGUGUUUAUGAAAUGGCACAUAACUCUUCAACA